AUUGAGCAAAAUAUGUAAAAAUCAGCAACUGUUCAAUCUCACAGUCGCACAACUGCUCAAGGCUUGUUAGGAUGUAGAUAAUUUCAGAUUUCUGUAAAUAGCAUACUGUAUAUAAUUGUAUUAAAUUUUGUUUGUAUAGAUUACUGAAACAAAAAACGCCAUCCACCCUCUACUGGGUACAUUUACUGUACAAUACAUGCAUUUUCAUCUGGAAUUGAAUUUAAUUCACGUGUAGAAGAAAAUUUCAUUUCAUCUUGACGUUGACACUUUCCUCGAAACUUUCAAUGUAGCCACAAAUAUUUUAAUGUAUCUGUGAUAUAGCUAAUCACUAACAAUAUUGAGGCAACAAAUUGCGUACAUUUGAAGAUUUCGAAAUGCGAUGUUUUCAUUUGACACAUACUUUGCAUAUACAUCAACAAUCAUAUAUACCCCUUUUAUAUGAUGACGUAGACCACAGAUAAAGCUGAGCUAAAAACCAGGACCAUGACCACCAAUUUCGCAUUAUGAUUAUUAUGUAUUGUAUGAAAAAAAUUCACUUGGAAGAAUUGCGCAACAUCAUUACAUUGAUGCAUGCCGCUCUUUCAUAAUGAACGCAAAUGGUUGGAUCAAGAUAAAGCUCAUAAUUUCAUGGUCAUUUGAAUAUAUUUCACCACAAUUAUUCAGAAAAUAAUCACCAAAACAUCAAUUGGUCUGAAGGGGGCGACGAAAAAACCACUAGUUGGUAUAUAAGAAAUAUUUCAAUACUGGUUGUAAAUCAUCACCCCGUAGUUGACGAAGUCUUCCAAUCUGCGUAAUCCUCUUUAGCCACGUGAUCAUAUUGUAACUUCGACAUGCCAUACUGUAAUAAAUUCUAAGUUAUUAUUUCUCAUUCAGUGAUUAGAAAACGUGGGUAGUAAAUUCAACUGACAAUAUGCUACCGAUCUCAUCUGAGAGUAUCAAUGUUUGCCUACUGCUGGGAAUUGCGUUAAUGAGUGGCUUUCAACACUGUGACUGUAUUCCGGUAGAAAAUGCAGAAAAUAACAAUGACACUGAUACCGCGCGUCCAGAAAUUUGCAUACCUCAGGGAAAAGUGCGAGGUGUGAAUAUGCUAACUCAUAAUAACAGAAAGAUCUUCGGCUUCAUGGGAAUUCCAUUCGCUAAGCCACCCAUCGGAAAUCUCAGAUUCAAGGCACCGUUGCCACCUGAUCCUUGGGACGGAAUUUUAGAUGGCGGUAGGAAAUACAAUAUAUGCCCGUACUUGGAUAAUGGUGUACUUCUUGGAGAUGAAGACUGUUUAUAUCUUAAUGUUUUUACACCAAAGCUACCAAUCAAUCAAAACUCCACACUGCUACCAGUGAUGAUGUACACGAAUGGCGGAGGGUUUAAAACUUCGAUAAAUGAUGUCCUGAAGUAUAAUCCAUACCUUCUUCUCGACAAGGACGUGAUUCUCGUAUUUCCGAAUGCCCGUUGUGGACCUUUAGGAUUUUUGAGUACCGGAGACGAAAUUUCGCCCGGUAAUUAUGGAAUUAAAGACGCCUUGCGCGCUUUGGAGUGGAUUCGUGACAAUAUCAAAUACUUUGGUGGUGAUCCAAACCGAGUGACUUACUUCGGUGGAAGUAGCGGCGCCAAUUCAGUUCAUUAUUUAUUAUUGUCAAACUCAACGAAAGGACUUUUUCAUCAAUACAUAGUUCAGAGUCCAUCACAAAGUUUAUAUUACGGGACUGUAAUACCCCGCAGCCUGAGUGCGUCACGCGCUAAUAAAGUCGGUCGCUACGUUGGAUGUCCAACAAACUCGUCGGUGAUUCUUAUUGAAUGUUUGAGGAAUCGCACCGUGCCUGAACUGUUUGAUGCAAGCUCAGUUAUCACCGAAUGGUUUCUAUUUCCGUAUAUUCCUUGGAGUCCUUCUAUAGAACCAAACAUCGAAGGAGCAAUUCUUAUUGAACAGCCUGCAAGACUUUUAGCAGCUGGAAAAUUCCAUGACCUACCUUCUAUGUAUUCGAUAGUUCCGAAUGAAGGAUUUACUCUUACUGCGGGUAUUGACAUAAGACCAAAAAUGUUGGAAGAAUUUUUGGAGGAUAUCGACAGAAUCUUUCCGAUUGUUCUACAAGCUGGUCCUCUAAUCGAGAGUAUGACAGCCUACGUCAAUUCUUUGAAGUCGUACUAUUUGAAUGAUUUGAAUGCCGAUAGAAGAGUGCUGAUGGAUAAUUUGACACUGGCCAUUGGUGACAUCUCAUUUACUUAUCCCGCUUAUAAAAUACUUGAAACUGUAGCUACAAAAAAAAGCGACUGCUAUUUCGCCUCCUUCGAAUACAGGGGGGUUUUGAGUCACAGUUAUUAUUAUACCGGUGGUUCCCUUUCCGAUUGGGGUACAGUGCAUGGUGAUGAAAUUCUUUACCUAUUCGAAAAUCGAGACCAUCAAUUCGGGCCUCCUAGUUACAAAAGGAGCGAGUCAGACUGGGAAAUGGCCAAUAUAAUGGUGCAACUGUGGACAUCUUUCGCGAUUGAUGGGAGGCCAAGUGUCAAAGGUUUAAAUAGCACCGUAGUUUGGGAACCCUACUCACCAGUGAGUCAAAAUUAUCUUCGAAUUGGAAAUAACCGAAGUGUGGAAAUGGAAAUAAAAUAUCGCAUUCACGCUGACCGUAUGAAGUUUUUGGAUGAGCUCCAUGCAGCUACGGUAUGGAAGUAGUCAAAUGAAUGGAUAAUCCACUAAUAAAAUGGCCUGUCUUCCUAUUAUAUAUUCCGACAAGUUUGAUUUGUUUAUGUUCUACUUACAUUAAAUUAUAAUAGCUCAAUAAUA